AUGGCUGAUCCUGCUUCACCGAGCUCUCCGUUGUUGGAUGAUCUUGGAAGAGAUGAUAGAGGAAGGGGAAGAUCAUCUUGGCUUAAAAAACUGAUCGACGUGGAAGAAUCCAAGGCUCAAACCAUCUACGCACUUCCAAUGAUAUUCACAAAUCUUUUCUACUAUUGUAUCCCUUUAACAUCUGUUAUGUUCGCUUCCCAUCUCGGCCAACUUGAGCUCGCUGGUGCCACUCUCGCCAAUUCUUGGGCCACUGUCACCGGUUUUGCCUUCAUGACAGGGUUAAGUGGAGCACUUGAGACAUUGUGUGGACAAGGUUUUGGUGCAAAAAGCUAUAGAAUGUUGGGGAUUCAUCUACAAUCAUCUUGCAUCGUCUCAUUAGUCUUUACCUUCCUUAUCACCAUCUUCUGGUUCUUCACAGAAUCGGUUUUCGGACUUCUCAGACAAGAUCCUAACAUCUCAAAACAAGCUGCCCUCUAUAUGAAGUACCAAGCUCCCGGUUUACUCGCUUACGGGUUCUUACAAAACAUUAUAAGAUUUUGCCAAACACAAUCCAUAGUAACUCCACUAGUCAUCUUCUCAUUUGUUCCCUUGGUGAUUAAUAUCGGUAUGGCAUAUGUUUUGGUUUAUGUGUCUGGCCUUGGAUUCAUUGGUGCACCAAUAGCUACAUCUAUUUCAUUGUGGAUUGCUUUCCUUUCUCUUGGAGCUUAUAUUAUGUGGUCAGACAAGUUUAAGGAAACAUGGACUGGAUUUUCACUGGAAUCAAUCCGUUAUGUCGUAAUAAACUUGACAUUGAGCAUCCCUUCAGCUGCUAUGGUAUGUUUGGAAUACUGGGCGUUCGAGAUCCUUGUUUUCUUGGCAGGGCUAAUGCCGAAUCCGGAAAUCACCACAUCUUUGGUAGCUAUAUGCGUCAACACGGAAUCGAUUAGCUACAUGUUGACAUACGGACUUAGCGCAGCUGCAAGUACGCGUGUGUCAAAUGAACUUGGAGCAGGAAACGUAAAGGGCGCAAAGAAGGCGACUUCUGUAACCGUUAAGUUGUCUUUAGUUCUUGCUCUCGGCGUAGUGAUUGCUAUACUUGUAGGUCAUGAUGGGUGGGUUGGGUUAUUCAGCAAUAGCCUUGUGAUCAAAGAAGAGUUUGCAUCCUUGAGGUUUCUUCUUGCUGCCUCAAUUACUCUUGAUUCUAUCCAAGGUGUUCUGUCAGGAGUUGCAAGAGGAUGUGGAUGGCAGCGAUUAGUCACGGUUAUAAACUUGGGAACAUUCUACUGUAUUGGAAUGCCAAUAGGAGCCAUUUUUGGUUUCAAGUUGAAGAUGUAUGCCAAGGGUUUGUGGAUUGGUAUGAUAAGUGGGAUAUUUUGUCAAUCCUCAUCUCUCUUGCUGAUGACAAUUUUUCGGAAGUGGACAAAGCUGAAUGCUUCAGUUUGA